GGAGUUUGCCACGAUCUGCUUCGCGGCCGGCAAGUUCACGGACGAGCUCGCCACGAUGGAGAACAAGAUCGGGAGCGAGAAGUGGGAGGAUAUGGGCAUGGUGGACAGCGAUCUCGCGCGAGAGUUCCUGAACCAGGCAGUGCUGCCCUCAUUGCAGUGUGCAUGGGUAGCGUGCAUGAACCAGGCAGUGUGCCCUCAUUGA